UUUUCUACAGCUCCACAAAAGCAAGAAAGAAAAGAGACCACCGAGACUCUCCCAAACAUCCUCGAGAACCCUCUCGUCGUCUCUCCUUCUUUUUGUCCGAAUUGAUUCGACAAUGUCGAUGAAAAAAUCGCUGGCUCAGCGCCUCCUCAGCAUGUCCCGAACCAUCUCCUCCUCCCAAGCCCUGGCCAGCUCCCGCUCCGCCCCCGCCGCCCCCGCCCGUCGCCGGGGCGGGCUCGCCAUCGACCCCGAUCCCGGAGAUGGCGGCGUCUUCCGGCGGUUCCUCCACCGGAAGGCCGCCCUCUCGCUGGAGGUCCGGACGCACCCGAUGGGCGAGGGCCUGAUGGAGAGGCUCCGGGCCCUCGACAUUGCGAGGGGCGGGAUCCGGAUCCCGGUGCCGAUCCCCUCACCGUCGCCGCCACCGGCGAGGGAGUCUCUGGGGGACGGGCUGCCUCCAGAGCUGACGGUGGAGGACGCGAGGAAGCUGAUGAAGGUGGCGCAGGUGGAGAUGGUGAAGUCGCGGCUGAGGGAGGUGGGGGAGACGUGGGUUUCGUACCCGGAGCUGGUCCGAAUCUGCGGCGAGGCGUGUGCGGAUCCGGACGAGGGGCUCCGCUUAGCGAGGACGCUCGACGAGACCGGCAACGUCGUCGUGUUGGGCAAAAUGGUGCUUCUCAGGCCCGAGCUGGUAAGAAAAGCCAUCGAGGGGCUAAUGCAGCCGCCGCUGCCGACGCCACGGUGCGAGGAGCUGGAGGAGCUGGAGAAGCAGAAGGCCGAGAUAGACCGGGAGGCCAAGUCCCUUGCACGCCGGGAGCUCUGGCUGGGCCUCGGCUACCUCGUGGUCCAGACGGCCGGGUUCAUGCGGCUCACCUUUUGGGAGCUCACCUGGGACGUGAUGGAGCCCAUUUGCUUCUACCUCACCUCCGGCUACUUCAUGCUUGGCUACGCCUUCUUCCUCAGGACGUCCCGGGAGCCCUCCUUCGAAGGGUUCUUCCAGAGCCGGUUUGCGGCCAAGCAGGAGAAGCUGAUGCGGGCUCGCGGUUUUGAUGCUCGAAGGUACGACGAGCUGUUGAAAGCCUAUCGUACGAGCUCGCCGUCGCCCCCGCCGCCCGCCUCCUCGGCGUUCGGUGGAUCGUGAGGGCGGGCGGGUUCGAUUCUUGACGCAAUUUGAUACCGAGAGAAGAGAAUAUGUGCAAAGCAUACAAUUUUGUUUGGCCUGUCCGGAUUGGUAGUUGGUAAGCGAGCGAGAGCGGAGGAUACUUGUUUUUGUAAAGUGACGAUGGUGUACUUGUACUAUCAUUAAUAGAGGUAGUGAAACCCAAAAAUCUUUCAUAAACCCUUUUCCUAAAUAGGGUCU